GAGAGGACCACUGACACAUAAAACUGAGAUGUGAUUAAAGAAGAAAGAAACAGUGAUGAGAUUUAAUCCUUAAGGGUUUUUUUUUUUCUGUGAAGAAGGGAAGAAUGAACUCAUGAAGAAGAAGAAGAGGACCACUGUUGCAAAUUCCAUCCCCUACCACAGUUGGCUUAUGAAGUUUCAGCAAAAGACAUGUGAUAUGAAUUGAAAGCAAAGGAAAAAGAAGAAAUCGAAAUCGGAAACUGUAUAUUGUUGUUCUUCGAUUCCUCCUCGCUCUACGCCGCGUCCUCUCUCUCAAAUUCAUCGGAAGCAACCUUCUUCUCCCAUCAUCGCCUGAAUCCAAUGGCAACGAUAAGGAACUUGAAGAUAAAAACAUCAACAUGUAAAAGGAUUGUGAAAGAGCUUCACUCUUAUGAGAAAGAAGUUGAGAGAGAAGCGGCUAAGACUGCUGAUAUGAAGGACAAAGGUGCUGAUCCCUACGACCUUAAACAACAGGAAAAUGUGUUGGGUGAGUCUAGGAUGAUGAUUCCGGAUUGCCACAAACGUCUCGAGUCUGCAUUGGCUGACCUCAAGUCCACUUUGGCGGAAUUGGAAGAGACGGAUGAGAAGGAAGGUCCAGAGAUCGAAGAUGCAAAGAAGACAGUCGCGGAUGUGGAGAAGCAGUUUCCCACUGAAGAUGCCUGAUUUAGCCAGCGAUGAGUGUUAAAUCUGUAUUCUGAGAAUGGUUAAUCAUCUGUAAGAAUCUUUAUAUCUAAGGUUGCUUGUCGACUGUAUACACUAAAAAUAUCUUUCUUUAACAUUUUGGUGAUUGUUCUUUCAUUCAAUAUCUUUGAAAUGGCACACUUGCUAUAAUGUGUUGUAAGCUGCAACUUAACGAUUGAUAAUUGAUAUAACUUUGAC